AUGGCUACGUCUAUACUUGGGGAAGAGCCACGGUUUGGAACUACACCUCUAGCUAUGCUGGCUGCGACUUGCAACAAAAUCGGUAACACCAGUCCGCUUACAACUUUACCCGACUCCAGCGCUUUCUCAAAAGGUGGAUUUCAUCCGUGGAAAAGGUCCUCCUCCAGCUGUAACUUGGGAUCCAGCCUGCCCGGUUUCACAGUAGCAACAAGCCGCGCAUCGACAGGACUAACACCGACCAGUGGCACAGGCAACAGCGCCUUUUGCUUAGCCUCCACCUCCCCGACCUCGUCUGCGUUUUCCACAGAGUACAGCGGUCUGUUCUCCAACUCUGCGAGCGUCACGUCCCAAGAGUCCGGACAGUCGGCUUUUAUCUCCAAAGUCCACACAUCAGCAGAGACUCUGUACCCGCGGGUGGGGAUGGCGCACCCGUACGAGUCGUGGUACAAGUCCGGCUUCCACUCCACCAUCUCUGGCGAUGUUGCGAACGGAGCGUCUUCCUGGUGGGAUGUCCACACUAACCCCGGGUCGUGGCUCGAUGUCCAAAAUCCCGCAAGCACCCUACAGACCUCGCUGCACUCCGGGACGCCCCAGGCGAUCCACUCCCAGCUGAGUGGCUACAACCCGGACUUCUCCUCGCUGACCCACUCGGCGUUCAGCUCCACUGGAAUCAGCCCCUCCGCGUCCCAUCUACUGUCCACAAGUCAGCACCUGUUAACGCAGGACGGUUUCAAAACCGUCAUCCCCACUUACACAGACGCUUCUGCCGCCAACGCCAUGAUUUCUGGGGGCAGUUCAGGAAUAAGUAGCUCGUCGAGGUCGUCCAGGCGGUACUCCGGCAGAGCAACAUGUGACUGUCCGAACUGCCAGGAGGCUGAGCGGCUGGGACCCGCCGGGGCCAGCCUGCGGAGAAAGGGACUCCACAGCUGCCACAUUCCCGGCUGCGGUAAAGUGUACGGAAAGACCUCUCACCUCAAAGCGCAUUUGCGAUGGCACACCGGCGAGCGGCCUUUUGUCUGCAACUGGCUUUUCUGUGGGAAAAGGUUCACUCGGUCCGACGAGCUCCAGAGACACCUUCGCACCCACACCGGCGAGAAACGGUUUGCGUGCCCGGUGUGCAACAAGCGCUUUAUGCGGAGUGACCAUUUGAGCAAGCACAUCAAAACGCACACGGCCGGUGGAGGAGGCAAAAAGGGGAGCGACAGUGACACCGACACCAGCAACCUGGAGACCCCGAGGUCCGAGUCCCCAGAACUUAUUUUGGAGGGGGUAAAUCCCAGAAUCGCUGUUAAGGAUCCGUCUCCUCACGACGAGCCCUGA